AUGUCUCUGCCAUUUUACCACAACCCCAACGCCUCCAAGGCCACAUCGCGUCCCUUCAAGGUGAACAUCCCCGAUGAUGACCUCAAAAAGCUCAAGGUGUUGCUGGAUGCGGCUCCCCUUGGCGUAGAAACAUGGGAAAACAAACAGACUGAUGGUAGAUUCGGCGUUAGCCGCUCAUGGCUCGCCAACGCCAGAUCCGUUUGGCUGCACGACUUUGACUGGCGCCGUAAAGAGGCCGCAAUCAAUUCCUUCCCCCACUUCCGACACAUCGUUAAACAUGCAGAAAUCGGGGAGUUCGACUUGCAUUUUUGCGCCUUGUUUUCGGAGAUGCCUGACGCCAUUCCCAUCGUGAUGUUGCACGGCUGGCCAGGAUCAUUCUUGGAGUUUCUUCCUAUACUUUCUAUUCUACGGAAUAAGUACACACCGGCUGAUAUUCCUUACCAUGUCAUUGUUCCCAGUUUACCUGGUUUUGCGUUCUCGUCUGGCCCACUACAGGAUCGGGACUUGACUACUACAGGUUGCGCCUCGGUUAUCAACCAACUGAUGCUUGAUCUGGGCUUUGGGAAGGGAUAUGUGGCUCAAGGUGGUGAUUUUGGCUGUGCUAUUGCAAAUGUCAUGGCAGUGAAUUUCGAUGCAUGCGUGGCUCAGUAUGUGAACCUUUGGAUGGGGGACCUAUCCUUGGUUCCAUCAUCUGUGUCUGAUGAUGAGUUGACCGAGAAGGAUCGUGAGGCUAUGGCUCGCUUGAAGAAAUGGCAGGCGGACGGAGGUGGCUACGCCGUACAACAAGGCACACGACCAGCCACGACGGGACUGGUCCUCUCGUCAAGCCCUUUGGCACUUCUCGCAUGGGUUGGCGAGAAAUUGGUCGAAUGGAGCGAUAUCACGCCACCGUUGGAGACCAUACUAGAGAUGAUCAGUUUGUAUUGGUUUACAGACACGAUUUCACGGUCUCUGUAUCCUUACCGCUCUCUAGUGGCCUCCUUUCAAGGAUCUAAGGAGCCUUGGGGCAUCAUUACGCUUACGAAACCCUACGGUUACUCUUGCUUUUACAAGGAUAACUCUUUCUUGCCGAAGGCCUGGGCAAAGCUAUACCCAAACAUGAAGUUCUACGGGCCACACGAGGAUGGCGGACAUUUCGCUGCGCUGGAACGGCCAGAAACUUUGCUGCACGACCUGGAGGACUUCAUCAAGGCCCACAUCAGGGUCCAGGAUAGGAAGUUAGAAACCGCACUUUAG